GUUGUGUAUUACUCUUUUGAUUUCCGAAAUAUCAGACAAAAGAUACUUUGAGUGGGGACAAUCGAGAAUAGCACAAGUAGGUGAGCCCAUUUCUCUUCGACGAAUAUUUCGCAUUUAUCUGUCACGCCUCACGUGGUGAACGUAUUAAGAGACAUAACCAAGCAAUAGCAUAAAUAAUUGCUUGUAAUUCUAUGUAAAAAAUAUUACAUAGGGCUUUUUCUAAAAAAAUAUAAGUCAAAAUGGGACGUAGGAAGAGUAAACGAAAGCCACCAAGUAAAAAAAAAGCUAUACAACCCUUGGACACACAAUUUAAUUGUCCUUUUUGUAAUCACGAAAAAUCAUGCGAUGUUAAAAUGGAUAAAUCUCGGAGUACAGCAAGAAUUACAUGUAGAGUUUGUUUAGAAGAUUUUCAAACCACGAUAAAUCUUCUAUCUGAACCAUUGGAUGUAUAUAACGAUUGGAUCGAUGCAUGCGAAAGUGCAAAUUAAUAUAUUUAUGUUUAUGUGUAAGGACAGAUUUAAUUAAAAUUUUUUAAUAAUUUAUAAAUCAUUCAGAAUACUUGCAUUAUAUUUUGAUAUGAUAUUGUCAAAAAGUCACUCAAGAAGUAUUCACGUUAAUCAACCCAGUAUUUUUCUUAGUUUUGUAAUCGUUAUAUUAUAUGUAAAUAUCAUACGACUGUGUAUAUUCCAAUAUUAAUCCGACUGGUAAAAGAGUAUGAGUGUAAGAUAAUUAUAACAACUAUCUUUACAAUCUUUAAAAUAUUUAUGAUCUUUGUAGUAAUAUAAAAAGAAUGAAAUACUUUCACAUAUAUUUUUACAUUAGAUUUGUGUCAACUGGAUAGAAGUACAUUAUAUAUCAAUGUAUUCUAUAAAAAGAACAAAAUAUAAAACAUUUAUAUGCUU